AUGGGCAAACAAAGAAUCGCUGUGGUAGGCGCCGGUGCAUGCGGAGUGUCUAUGCUCAAAACUUUACGUGAAGACGGCUUCGACGUGACUUGCUACGAGCAGCGGAAACAGGUUGGCGGUCUAUGGGCCUAUACUGAUGAUACAUCCAUGACUUCGGCACUUCAAUCAACGCGCGCUCUUAUCAGUAAACAUACUUGCGGUAUGACCGAUUUCCCAAUGCCAGAUAGAUAUCCCAGUCAUCUUUCCCAAGCACAAUUUCAAGAGUAUCUCGAAUCUUAUGCACGUCAUUUUGGACUUCUCAAGAAUGUUGUCUUCGGUGCAUCCAUUCAACGCGCUAUACGAAAUGAAGAUGAUUCGAGAUGGCGAAUAGAGAUACUGGUAGAGGGUGAGCCUCGAUGGGAGGAUUUCGACAAAGUCGUGUUUUGUCACGGCUACCAGAACAGACCGAACAUGCCAAAAUUUGAAGGAGAAGAGCUGUUCACGGGAAGUCUGAGUCAUGCACAACAAUACCGAAGUGCUCAAGGGUUUGAGGGUAAGAACAUCGUUGUUGUAGGCAUGUCUAGCACCGCCUCUGAGAUAAUCAACAACCUCCUACCUGUUGCUACGAAAGUCUACAUGUCGCACCGUCGAGGUGGCUACGUCUUUCCGACAUGGCGAAAAGGUGUUCCUGGGGACUUGUUGGUCACGUGGCGCCGUCGCCAGAUGAGCCUGUUUCUGCAACGACGUUUGCCCGCCGUAUACAAGUGGAUGACGGACAAAGGUCUCAACUUCUUCAUGCGUAGCCACUGGGGCAAGUUGGACCCGUCAUGGCGUGUGCUACCAUCACCAUCGAUUACGCUUUCACUACCGGGAGCUUCGAACAGCUUAAUACCCUUACUAAAAGAAGGAAAGCUCACCUCGUUGCACGGUAUUCGACGCUUCACAGGGCCGCGCUCCAUCGAGUUUAGUGAUGGCACAAGUCUCGACGACAUCGAUGCUGUUAUCUGUGCUACAGGCUACUAUGCUGAUUUCGGUGUCGCGCCUUUUCUUGAACACAACCGUCCACAACAGUACAAAGGUCCGGACCUUGUACGCUUGUGGAUGAACAUUUUCCCCCCACAGUAUGCUGACUCGAUGGCAUUCUUGUGUCAUUCCGCCUACGGUAAAAACAAUGGCUUCUCCUUCAAUGAUGUACAGUCAAUGGCCGUUUCCAACGUGUUUCGCGGCACUCAUCCUUUACCAUCUCGCCAAAAGAUGAAUGCACAGAUUGACGCGCAUCAAGAAUGGCUUGCCGCCCGAUGGCGUACUGAGCCCCUUGGCUUCGAGUCAUCCGCGGUUAAGACAUGGGAGUAUCAACAGUUUUUGCACGACGUGGCGGGCACUGGAAUGGAGAACCUGGGUUGGGGUUGGAGAGGAUGGAAAUUCUUUCUGUGGGACCCGAAGAUGAGUUGGCUCAUGAACAAUGGGGUGGAGACAGCGCACGCUUUUCGGUACUUCGAAACAGGCAAAAGACGCACCUGGAACGGAGCGAGGGAAGCUAUUAUCAAGGCAAAUGAGGCGACAAAGGUAUAUCCAGUAGAGGAACGAGAGCAACUUUAA